AUGACUAUUGAAAGUGAUAGGAAGAACAAAACAAUUGUUGAAGAGAAUACACCUUUGUUACCUGAGACUCAAGAAAGUGAUGUUGGGUUUCAUGGAGCUUCAUUUUCUAGUUCUGUUUUCAAUUUAUCAACCACAAUUAUUGGUGCUGGAAUCAUGGGGUUACCUGCUUGUGUUAAGAAAUUGGGAAUGGUGCCUGGUCUUAUUGCUAUAAUCCUAACACCAUUAUUAACAAAAAAAUCAAUUGAUUUCUUGAUCAAAUUUUCAAGAGCAGGGAAUAUUUCUUCCUAUGGAAGUCUCAUGGAUGAUAGCUUUGGAAAGUAUGGAAAAGCUUUGGUCCAGAUGUGUAUUACAGUCAAUAACAUAGGUUGUUUGAUUGUUUACAUGAUUAUUAUAGGUGAUGUGGUUUCUGGAACAUCUUCAAGUGGAACACACCAUUUCGGUAUUCUUGAAGGAUGGUUUGGUAUUCAUUGGUAUACUGGACGUAUAUUCAUUCUUUUUUUUACAACACUGGUUAUAUUAGCACCUUUAGUCAGCUUCAAGAGAAUCGAUUCGUUGAGAUUCACAUCUGCAUUAUCAGUUGGGUUAGCAGGAAUCUUUCUUAUCAUUGCUAUGGGAAUCUCAAUCAUCAAGAUCAUAAGUGGAGGCAUAAGGAUCCCAAGACUCUUUCCAAUCAUUACUGAUGCAUCAAUUUUUAAAAUGUUCACAACAGUUCCAGUACUUGUUACUGCAUAUAACUGCCACUCCAAUGUUCACAGCAUAAAUAAUGAACUAAAGGAUUCAAUACACAUGCAAGGGGUUGUGAAGACUUCCAUUGUUUUAUGUUGCUUUGUGUACUUACUCACAAGCUUUUUUGGAUUUCUUUUAUUUGGUGAAGAAACUCUUGAUAAUGUUCUUGCAAAUUUUGAUACUGAUCUUGGAAUACCAUUUGGUUUUAUUCUCAAUGACGUUGUUCGUGUUAGCUAUGCCUUGCAUCUUGUGUUUGUAUUUCCCGUACUCUUCUAUGCAGUGCGAAUCAACAUCGAUGGACUCGUCUUUUCUUCUUCAUCAACAAGGCCUUUGAUUAUUGAUAACUACAGAUUUUUCUCUAUUACCUUUUUUCUUGUAAGCAUUAUAUUCUUGGGAGCGGUUUUUAUACCUAGCAUUUGGAAUAUUUUCCAAUUCACUGGAGCAACCACGGCUGUUUGUGUAGGAUAUAUAUUUCCAGCUGCAAUCACUCUCAGGGAUAAAUACUGCAUAGCAACUAAAACCGACAAGAUUAUAUCAGUUUUAAUGAUAGUCAUUGCAAUGUUGUCAAGUGUGGUGGCUACAUACAGUAAUGCAUAUGCCUUGAUUAAGAAGAAUGAAGCUGAUCAUUAUUUCCAAAUUAAAAAGUAA